CACACAGUCUCUGCAGGCCAGUCAGCUUGCCUUCCUUCACCCUGGCCUCCCACAUGGCCCAGAUCCCUGCCGAGCCUUCCUUCGCCUUUCUACGCUGUCUCCAACAGUGCCCAGCUAUCUGCCUGUCUGAUAUAUGUCAACUUCCCAAAGAAGUAGGACGGUGCAAAGCUUCAUUUCCUAGAUUUUAUUUUAACACAGCAACAGGGAAUUGUGAGGGAUUCAAUUAUGGUGGAUGUGAAGGAAAUAAAAACAACUUCCUAACUCUGAAUCAAUGCAGAGCUGCAUGUCAGCGUUCUGAAACACCUUCAAAAUGCAAAUUAAAGGCCAGGAAAGGAAGGUGCAAGAGUAAAAUUCCUCGCUAUUAUUACAAUGCCUACAACAAGAGAUGCCGAUUGUUUAUUUACGGUGGUUGUGGAGGAAACGAAAACAAUUUUCAGACCAUCGCCCAAUGCAAGAAGGACUGUGAACCAUUUGGAAAUACCGGAAAACCUUUCUCUCCAGAUGUAUGUCAACUUCCCAAAGAUGCAGGACGGUGCAAAGCUUCGUUUCCUAGAUUUUAUUUCAACACAGCAACAGGGAAUUGUGAGGGAUUCAUUUAUGGUGGAUGUGGAGGAAAUGAAAACAACUUCCUAACUCUGAAUCAAUGCAGAGCUGCAUGUCAGCGUUCUGAGUAACAUUGACUCCAAUUCCUGAUCUUACUGAUGGGAUCCUCUGAGAGAUGGAGUGGAUUCAGCAUCUGAGGAAGGAAUCCAAAAUUCCACCGAGUCUCCCA